GAAAAACUCUGGAUCGAGAAGGGAGGGCCCGCCAGGUUCUUGCCAUACGGCAUUUGUGCUUUGGCUUACCGUACCUUUCUCUCCCUUCCCCUUGAACGCUGUAUAUGCGAGUUAUGCUCAGUGCUCAGUGAGGGACUGCACGGUUGGUCUAUGGGGCGCAUCGGAGACCUUCGUGUGCGGAUGCCAUUCAUCGGCGCGGCCCCCUGCCUUCGCACGAGCCGUGAACGCGAUGGGGUACAGAGUGGGUAGUAAACUCGGUUCCUGAGGAGGACUGUGCAGUGUUCUCGCCCUAAGCGUCAAGUUGCUGUACGGUGCGAUUCUACUGUGCCGCGCAUCGCGAUACAGUACUACCCGGCGGGACAAUGGAGUGGAAGGCCAUUCGAUCGAAACGGCACUGUACGAGUACUAGUACCGUAGACAACCGGUAGCAGCACCCUUCUUUGCGGCAGAGCUACGAAUUACCCUACGAGCACCGGUACUCGUACAGUUCAUUGGCAUUGGCACUGGCGGAAAGCACACAGUCUCGACGCGAUAAUUUUUCUUACACUGAUCCUUCCCCCCUCUCUCGACGCCAUCGCGGAAUCCGAACAUGAUGGCCGUUUAUUUUGGGGGGACAUUACGCGUCUUUUAUUGCCAAGUUUUGGAUAUGAUAGGCUAUUUCUUUCGCUCGUAUGUGUGAUAGCGGUGUGUGCAUGCUCUUCUGGAGCCGGACCCGACCAAGUUUCCUUGUUGGGCUGGGGUUGCCUCUGGCUCGACGGGUAGUUGAGGGCCAUCACGAGGCACACUGUGCUCAAUAUAAAAAAGCAUGACAUGAUGAUGGGGACAGGACGUGAGGAGCCAAGUUACCCGUACGAGCAGACUAGAGCACGGUCAAGCUAGAUUAACAGCGCGCAGAAGUAUGAUAGCGAUUUCUCAAUCCCCCCCCUUUCCAAGGGAUUCGAGGAGGAGCCGGCAGGGCAGUCUAAUGAGGAACCUUCAAUGGAAAUUUGCAAAUAGAUGCAUGAUCGAGCAGGAGGAGGAGGAGGAGUUCAGCCAGGCAUGACGUAACUUACUCCUGAUGACGAACCUACCCUGCACCAGCCACACUGCACCGAGAUAACCGGGCUUGAAGUUCGGUGGCGGGUGGGUGCAGGUAUGACGUUUGGUCUCGAGAGGUUCUUUUUUUUUUCUUUUUUCUUUUCUGUGCGUGCCCACCCUUUUUCCUUCCCUUUCCCUUUUCCCUUGAACAACUGCAAAUAAAGACCCGGGUGUCCCCUCCCCCCCCUUCCUUUCUCCCCAUUCGUUUCAGGAAUACAGGACAACCUUGCUCCUUGAACAGACUUGACCUUUUAUCGAGGCUAGCAUCGACCGCCUGAGCUCACGAGGUACUGCCAACCGCAAUCUCGAUCACAACAAACAUCAUGCCUCUCACCGCCAGGUUGGUUUCCCUCUGCUUACGGGAGGGGAGCUUUGGGGGUUUGGGGAGGGGGGAGGGAAGGAAAACAAAGAACGGGAUGCUGACUAUUUCUUUAGUGAUUUUUGCAAGAUCAUUCUCGCUAUCCUCCUUCCUCCCCUUGGCGUUUUUCUCGAGAGGGGAUGCAGCGGUGACCUGUUGAUCAAUAUUAUUUUCACCUGCUUGGGUUACUUGCCCGGAAUUAUUCACGCCCUGUGAGUUUUUCCUUCUCCUUUAGGGCCCUUUUGGGAUGUCGUGGCUGCUAAUUCGUGUCUACCAGAUACAUUAUAUUUAAAUACUAGAGAGGCUCAAGAAACCCGCAAUCCUUAUUUCGCCUGGCACAAACAGCGUCGGUUAGUGGAGGAGAGAUGAUAAUUCUUAAAUCGAUACGGCCUGGGAGGGCGGCUAUAGUUUGUCGAUCAGUCUUUACAUAUGGGUGUUUGGGGCCAAUAAUGUCGGGCUUUCGCUGUUUUUAUCUUUUUUCCUUUCCUUCCUUUCUUUUGUAGUUGCGCGCAUGGGUCUUUUUUUCGGCUUGGUUCACUAUUCAUUCCCCCCUCUUUUCUUUCUCUUCCUUUUGUUGUACGACUACAAUAUCAUGAUAGUGAUAACU